GCUUGCUGCUCCAAAACUCCUGAUGACAUCAAGAACUCCCGCUGCUUGGUCAACAGCUCAGGCUGCCAUCUAGUGGCUGGGAUGCUACUGUUUCUAGGUGGGGCCAUCGCCAUGCCGCCCUCCGUCUGGUUCCUGUUCCACACACGUAACCUUAACGAGCGCUACGAUAAUCUGUUUGCCGUAGAGUUUGGGGUGUAUGUGGCCAUCGGCAGUGCUGGUGGUCUGAUCUUAGCUGCUCUGCUGAUGUUCAUGUGGUAUUGCAUGUGUAAAAAACUGCCUUCACCCUUCUGGCUACCUCUACCUGAAGGGCCUGCGAUGACCAACAGCCUCUCCGCGCAGCCCCUCAUGACCAACGGCUUGCCUUCUCCUGUGACAUACGCACCCCAGACCUUCCCUCCGGCUGUUCUGGAUGCCCCCAUUUUUGUCCCAGCUCAGGGUUACCCUCAACCUGUACCCACACAGCCUAUGCCGCCCCAUGUCUACAUGCCACAGAUGUCCAUACCUGAUGGUUACGGCUCAGAAGUGGGAGCCUCACAGGCAUAUAGUUACGCUCCCUCUAGAAGCUACGCACCUUCUCAGGGAUACGCCCCAUCUCAAAGCUACGCCCCCUCACAAAGGUAUGCUGGGCACCGCUAUUCCACACGCUCUCGAAUGUCCGGCAUUGAGAUUGACAUUCCUGUCCUUGCUGACUGACACGGAGUUGGUUGUUUCAAGUCAAACUGG